GCCCGGGCGCGGGUGCGCUCCUUCCUCGGCUCCGGGAUGAUCGGCCAGAAGACCCUCUACUCUUUCUUCUCCCCUAGUCCCGCCGGGAAGCGGAACACGCGCAGCCCGGAGCCCGUCGCCCCGGGGAGCGGCGUGGCGGCCGUGACUGAGGAGAGCGGCGAGGCGGCGGCCAGCCCCGCCAAGAAGGCCCGGGAGGAGCAGCCCGGCACGCCUCUGUCCUCGCCGCUCAGCCCAGAGCAGCUCGACCGCAUCCAGAGGAACAAGGCCGCGGCGCUGCUCAGGCUUGCCGCCCGCAACGUGCCGGCGGGCUUCGGGGAGAGCUGGAAGAAACAUCUUAACGCGGAGUUCGGGAAACCGUAUUUUAUAAAGCUAAUGGGAUUUGUUGCAGAAGAAAGAAAGCAUCACACUGUUUAUCCACCCCCAGACCAAGUCUUCACCUGGACCCAAAUGUGUGACAUAAGAGAUGUGAAGGUUGUCAUCCUAGGACAGGAUCCCUAUCAUGGACCCAAUCAAGCUCACGGGCUCUGCUUUAGCGUCCAAAGACCGGUUCCACCUCCGCCCAGUUUAGAAAACAUUUACAAAGAGCUGUCUACAGACAUCGACGGUUUUGUUCAUCCUGGCCAUGGAGAUCUGUCUGGGUGGGCCAAACAAGGUGUCCUCCUUCUCAAUGCCGUCCUCACUGUCCGUGCCCACCAAGCCAAUUCCCAUAAGGAGAGGGGUUGGGAGCAGUUCACUGAUGCAGUUGUGUCCUGGCUAAAUCAGAAUCUGAAGGGCCUUGUCUUCUUGCUCUGGGGCUCUUAUGCUCAGAAAAAAGGUAGUGCCAUCGACAGGAAGCGGCACCACAUCCUGCAGACUGCUCAUCCCUCCCCGCUGUCGGUGUACAGAGGGUUCUUUGGAUGCCGGCAUUUUUCUAAAGCCAAUGAGUUGCUACAGAAGUCUGGCAAGAAGCCCAUCAACUGGAAGGAGCUGUGACCCUGCACUGAGGGCGUCUGUGUCCAGUAGCUGUUUUGAGGAGCUGCUACUGAAGUAUUUGUCAGUUAGGAAGUCUCUGAAAAUGUCCCUGCUCUUAAGUAACCUGAGAAAGUCUUCGUAAAGCAGCCAAGAGCUGGGCUACAGGGACCCCAGCUUUGUAUAUUCCCCUUUGAUCGGCUCUGGUCUGAGCCCUCCAGGCCAGGAUAAGGUGAAGGCCCCGAUCAAGGCAAGGUAGCCGGACCCAAAGCACGCCCACUUCUUGCAGAAAAAUGGGGUUACAUACUGGUCCUCUGUAGUCUGCCUUCAGGUUAGACGGGAGAUCUGCUAAUAGUUUGGAGCCUGCUGCUAUUUUUACCUGAUAGGUAAGAUUUCCAGAUUAUAUGGCAUCUCUUGGGCUCACCCCCAAGCUUGCUGGUGUUUUGCAAGUUUCUAGAAAUCAAGCCUGGAAAUUGGGAGUCCAUGAGUGUGAGUCUUCAGACAAGGUGAAGCCUCUGGCCUUCAUCCUGCUCUUCUCCGGGUCUUUUCCUUCAAUAAGUGGUGAAAAUUGAGCAAAGAAGAAAAAGGGUUGGGGGUAGGGGGUUAAAUGAGGGGAUAGAUGGUUUCUUCUAGAGUUGUGUGGAGUUGGGGGCUUUAAGGCAGCUCAAACUGCCAAAUGCUAUUGACUUGUUUUUGUAGUUCUGGAGGGUCAACCCAGAGUGCUGUUUUCUAUGGACUCAAGUCACUUGGAUAUUUUGUCUGCUACACUGGAGAAUGCCGUGGUUUUUAUUAAGUUCUUGGGCAGAUACAUAUAUAUAUAUAUAUAUUUUUUUUUUAAUCUUUUUUAAGAGAUAGUCUACCAGGUUUGCACCUAGCCUGGAUCUCAAUGGAGGUGCUGUUGUUCAUGGGGUUAGAGAACUAACCCUACCCAUGUUCAAUAAUAAAAAGUUGUUGAAGUUUGGCUUUGCA